CCUCGGCCGGAGGCUGGGGCCCGGUGCUGAUGCGAACAGCCGGCUCGGCCUCAGUCCCAGCGUGGUGGGCGCUCCGGGCCCGGGUGGCAGGGAAGGAGCCAUAGUCUCUCCGCGGCUCGAGGAGCGGGGCGCGGCGGCGCGCACCACCCCGGCGGCCGCGGCGCCUUCGGGGCCCACGAUGAUGGCGGAGCAGGUGAAAUGCGCCUCGGCGGGGGGCGGCUCCGGAGCGGGCUCCGGGCCGGUGGUGAACGCGGAGCUGGAGGUGAAGAAGCUGCAGGAGCUAGUGCGCAAGCUGGAGAAGCAGAACGAGCAGCUGCGGAGCCGGGCGGCCAGCGCGGCCGCCGCCCCGCACCUGCUGCUGCUGCCGCCGCCGCCGCCCGCCGCGCCGCCCCCCGCCGGGGCCUGCAGCCCGUUGGGUCCGCGGAGCCCCCCGGCCGCCGCCGCCGCCGCCUCGGGGGCUCUGGGGCUCGGGCUGGCGUUGGGCGCCGGCGGCGGCGGCGGCAGCGGCGGCUCCAGCCCCGCGUUCUCGGGGACCUACUGCCUGCCCAGCCCGGCGCCCUCCCUGCUCUGCAGCCUGGCGCAGCCCCCCGAGGCGCCCUUCGUCUACUUCAAGCCGGCGGCGGGCUUCUUCGGCGCGGGCGGCGGCGGGCCGGAGCCGGGGGGCGCGGGGACGCCGCCGGGGGGAGCCACCGCGCCGCCCUCGCCGCCCCCCACGCUGCUGGACGAGGUGGAGCCGCUGGACCUGGAGAGCGUAGCCGCCUGGCGGGACGAGGACGACUACACCUGGUUAUACGUUGGCUCUUCAAAGACAUUCACAUCAUCAGAGAAAUCCCUGAGCCCUUUGCAGUGGUGUAGACACGUCCUAGAUAACCCGACUCCGGAGAUGGAAGCAGCAAGGCGUUCCCUGUGCUUUAGACUGGAGCAAGGUCACAGCUCCAGGGGCUCCCCUCUCAGCCCCCAGUCCUCUAUAGACAGUGAGCUGAGUACUUCGGAAUUGGAAGAUGAUUCUAUCUCCAUGGGAUAUAAGUUACAGGAUCUCACGGACGUUCAGAUCAUGGCUCGUCUCCAAGAAGAAAGUCUCAGGCAAGAUUACGCUUCCACCUCAGCAUCUGUAUCCAGACAUAGCUCCAGUGUGUCACUGAGUUCAGGAAAAAAAGGGACGUGUAGCGAUCAAGAAUAUGACCGCUUCAGUCUGGAGGACGAGGAAGAAUUUGAUCAUUUGCCACCACCGCAGCCUCGUCUUCCAAGAUGUUCAUCUUUCCAAAGAGGCAUUCCCCACUCACAGACUUUCUCCAGCAUUCGGGAGUGUAGGAGGAGCCCCAGUUCCCAGUAUUUUCCUUCAAAUAAUUACCAGCAGCAACAGUAUUACUCACCUCAAGCCCAGGCUCCAGAUCAGCAACCAAAUCGGACCAGUGGAGACAAGCUCCGGAGAAGUAUGCCUAACCUAGCUCGGAUGCCAAGUACAACCGCUGUCACCAGCAAUGCCAUCUCUCCGGUCACCGUGAGAAAUAGUCAGAGUUUUGACUCAAGCUUGCAUGGAGCCGGCAACGGGAUUUCGAGAAUACAGUCUUGCAUUCCCUCCCCAGGACAGCUCCAGCACAGAAUCCACAGCGUGGGACAUUUCCCCGUGUCUGUGCGGCAGCCGCUGAAAGCCACGGCCUACGUGAGCCCCACCGUGCAGGGCGGCGGCAGCAGCACGCCUCUGUCCAACGGCCUCCAGCUGUACUCCAGCUCCGGCAUCCCCACGCCAAACAAAGCCGCCGCGGUCGGGAGCGUGGGCCGCAGCGCCCUGCCCAGACCUUCACUGGCAAUAAACGGGAGCAACCUGCCUCGAAGCAAAAUUGCACAGCCUGUUAGAAGUUUCCUGCAGCCUCCAAAGCCUCUGUCUUCGCUCAGCGCUCUGAGGGACGGCAGCUGGAGAGACGGUUGCUACUGAUGAUGCGGUUCGACGUGCCCCUGGAGCACGGGAAAGGAGUGGAAAUGAGGGUCGAGUUACCUAGCUGGCUAGGUAACCGUGAGCGUCGGGAUAUUCUUUCCCUUCUGCAUUUGAACAUUUUGACUGCAUUGUUUUUCAACGGACCAAGCGCCAGAGACUAAUGAUUGCACUUAAAUAUUUGCCCGAGAGAAUACCGCACCGGUCUGGGAGCCGUGGUCGUGGUAUCGUGACACUUAGAUCUAGGGGGUUUUUGUAGAACUGCUACGUACCUGAACACUUUUCGAGGGGAUUGAGAUGUGUCGAUAAUACUUCCUUUGUCAUGAGUUUGUUAAAGUAACUUGUUCAGUUUACUUACCUGUUCUAAACAUCUUCCCGUUACAUGUUCGGUAUUUUAAUACAUUGCAUAUUUACAACUAGGUUCUAUAAUUUAUGCUUCGAAGUUUACUUUUUUAUAGUUUACAGGAAUUUUAUUUUUUGUGCCUAUUUCUUUUUACACCUAUGUGAACCACUAUGGAACAACUUAAAUUUUGUGCCAUAAAAAUAUUUUUGUGGUAAGGUACUAUUUUUUUAGCUCUAGGGAUAGAUCAGCAAAAAUCCACCAUACAAUUUGAAAGACCUAAUUUUAUGUUGAAUGAGCACAACCUGAGCUGAAGCAUCGCAAGGAAGUAGCCAGUUAGUGGCUCUUGUCGUUUUCUUUGUUAAUUUAUUGUCAUACAUGGGUUUCCGAUUUAUAAAGGCAUCACGGGCUCAUUGCACUUAAUACCUGCAGUGUUUGCUACUGUGCCACGAUUGAUUUUCACUACUUUAUUACAGAGGAUGAGAAACUGUAAUGUUUUAUUAACAAUGCUUCUGGAAAUGGAUGCAUUUUAAAGCAAAUAAAUCUUUUUGAUAGACCUUUUACAAAACCCAUUUGCACUAAUGAAUGCUUUCUUAUGGUAUAUGACUUAAUAUUUGUUACUGUGUACACUGCUCUUUUGGAAUGUUCAGAAAUAAAGACUAUUUCAGCAAUA